AUGACUCCGCUGGCGCCUGCCUUGGUCUCAGAGACUACUCUGGCGACAACCUUGUCCAUCGGUCGGUGCUCUGUGGCCACGGUUGAGCAUAUGAUGUCAGCUCUGGUAGGCUCCGGCAUCGAUGCUGCGAUCAUCGAGAUUGAGGCCAAUCAAGGUGCCGAUACGGUGGAGAUGCCCAUUCUCGACGGGUCAGCGUCCGAGUGGGUGCAGGCUAUCGCCUCGUGCGGCCGCGCCGAGCUUAGCGGCGACACCUCGUCAGCAACCUGCGCGCUGCUCGCGCCUCUCGAUCGCCCGCUGAGGGUUGACGAUCCUAAGGGUACCAACGGCUUCAUCGCAUAUAGCCCGGGAGCAGCGGCCGAUCCGGACGUGUGCUCGCUGGACGUCUCGGUCGUCUAUCCCGCACUCGGCAAGCAGCAGCUCUGCUGGGAUUUUGAUCCGUGGACAGAGGCUGGACGUGCGGCAUACGCCGCAGACAUCGCCCCGGCCCGCACAUUCACCUUUGAGAGCGAGCUCGACGCACUGCGCGCCGCUGGACUCGCCGCCGGCGGCUCGCUGCACAAUGCGCUCGUCUACACCGCGUCUGGUGCGCUGUAUUCUGACCAGAGUCGCGACAUGCUGCGUUUUCCCGACGACGAGGCCGUCCGCCACAAGACGCUUGACCUCAUCGGCGACCUCACCCUCGCACCUGCCGCCUUUCAUCGCCUCCGCGGCGGAGUCGUCGUCGCCCACAAGCCCGGCCACGCUCUCAACGUUGCAUUUGCCGCCGCCCUCGCCGCUCUCUAGCCCGCGCAUCAGCGUGCAAACGAAUGGCACUUGCGUCUACAGAUGCACUUGUCCUUGUCUUUUCUUGUCACACUUGUGGCAAUGAGCGAGUUCGAGGAAGUGGUCCCACACUGUGCCCUUUGUGUAUGAGCCUUUAACGAAAAAUGCAUGCGACACAUUCUUGCGCCCUCAAAGAGCCUCCCCAUCUUCAUCUCCCACGCCCACAACACAUAACACCUACUGUUCUCAGAAGCCUUGGAUCGGCACCAAAGCUGGCCUCCUUGGCCUCCCUUGAGCCCGAUCUCAAAGUCUUUGCUGUGCGCGUUGGCUAGAACUUUUUUCCACCACCACCAUCUGAUACGGCGGUGAACGUCACACUCAGCGACACCUUAAAACGGC